CACCCUGGAUGAGAAGGACAAUGCUGAUGGAAGCUACGGGCUGUCGAUACUGAGUCGGGAGGGCAAACAUCUUUCAGGUCCAUAAAGAGUUUUUAAAGCCCACCCUGGUUGGACAUGAGGAGCCCUCAAGGCCUGGAUGGUUGAGUCGGAGUGAAGAACGCUUCCUGACAGCCAUGGCUGAUAAAGACGGACUCCCUGCGGCCCCGGGUCAGGUCUACAUCCAAGUGGAAUACGACUACGAGUACAAGGCCAAGGACAAGAUGGUGAGCAUCCGGCAGGGGGAGUCCUACAUGCUGGUGAAGAAGACCAAUGAGGACUGGUGGCAGGUGAGGAAGGAGGAGGGCACAAAGGCCUUCUAUGUGCCAGCCCAGUAUGUCAGGGAGGUGCGCCGCGCCCUGAUGCCCCCCCAGAAGCCCACCUUGAGGGCCAAGCCCACCGUUCUCGAUAUCUGCAGGGCAGCAAAUGAGAACAUGAACAGGCCGCAGCCAGAAAUGUCCAGCUUUGGCCGCUCGUCACCCUCCUCCACGCCAUCGCCUUCGUCGGACGGCCUCACACCGCCGGCUCCGCCCAAGGACGCCAACCAGAACUGCAAGGUGGUGGCUGAACUGGUGCUUCUUCACAACAACAACCAUCACCUCGCUAACAAUUCCACUUUGCCACGCACGCGAGCCGAGUCGCCUCCGCUCGAAGACGAGCGCAACUGCAACCAAAGUCCAGACCGGAACAAGACCCCUCCGCAGUGCCAGCUGACAGGAAACGGGCUCAGCAAGCUGCACAACGACUCUGAGUCUGGGGACGAGCUCAGUAGCAGUUCAACAGAACACAUGCAGACGACAUCCCCUACAGGUCAGGGCAGGUCGGACUCGCCGGUCUACACGAACCUUCAGGAGCUGAAGAUCUCCCAGUCCAGCCUGCCGCCUGUGCCCUCCGGCUCUCCUCUCCACAUCCACGGUGACUGGGAGACCCACAAAGACCUGAGUGGCAGGCAUUUCUACUACAACAGGGCCACGGGGGAGCGCACAUGGAAACCGCCACGCACCCGCGACACCGGCAGCACCAGCAGCUUCCGAGGAGAAAGCCAAGGCACAGCAGAGAGCGAGCUGCUUUCAUCGGAAGAAAACUGCCACAGCACCCGCUCCAGUCAGUCCGACAGCCAGUACGGUUCGCCCCCUAGAGGCUGGUCUGAGGAGCUUGACGAGCACGGACACACGCUCUAUGUGUCGGAAUACACGCAAGAGAAGUGGAUAAAGCACGUGGAUGAACAAGGCCGAGCGUACUACUACAAUGCUGAUGGAUCCAGGUCUGAAUGGGAGCUACCAAAGUACAACGUCUCCCCUCACUCUGGCGAGGCCCCCAAGAGUCGCAGCUUGGAGAGGAAGCAGCCGGACCCCAUCGUCCUCACCAAGUGGAGACAUAGCACUUACGUCCUCGACCUCAACGACAAGGAGUGUGCUCCGGCGCCCAAGCACAGCUCUCCUGACUCCGACUCCUGCCCAUCAUCUCCGAAGCACCCCUCAACUCCAUCAGAGAAGUGCGGGGUCCUAAAUGUCACCAAAAUUACGGAAAAUGGCAAGAAAGUCAGGAAGAACUGGGCGUCCUCGUGGACGGUCUUACAGGGGUCGUCCCUCCUCUUUGCAAAAGGUCAAGGCGGCAGCACCAGCUGGAAGUUUGGCAGCAACCAAUCCAAGCCCGAGUUCACAGUGGACCUGCGCGGUGGUUCAGUGGACUGGGCCUCCAAGGACAAGUCCAGCAAGAAGCACGUCAUCGAGCUGAAGACACGUCAGGGGACAGAGCUGCUGAUCCAGUCUGAGAUUGACAGCGUCAUCAGCGACUGGUACCGGGCCCUGACUGAGACCAUUAACACACAUGCGUGGGAGUCGGACGAGGCCAUCGAGGAGGACAUGCCAGACUCUCCAGGAGCAGAGAAACAGGACAAGGAGAAAGACUCAAAGAAGAACAGAGUCGUGAUGAAGACCUCCGUGAGUAUGGACGCGUCAGACCAGAAGAAAACUCGCAUGAAGCUGAAGAAGUUUUUGACACGCCGACCCACCUACCAGGCGGUCCGAGACAAAGGCUACAUCAAAGAUCAAGUUUUUGGCUGCAGUCUGAGCAGCCUGUGCCAGCGGGAGAACACGUCUGUGCCCACGUUCGUCAGAACGUGUAUCGAGCACGUGGAGAACACGGGUCUGAGUAUUGAUGGCUUGUACAGAGUGAGCGGGAACCUGGCAGUGAUUCAGAAGCUGCGCUUUGCUGUCAAUCACGAUGAGAAGGUACAGUUGGACGACAGCAAGUGGGAGGACAUCCACGUCACCACGGGAGCGCUCAAGAUGUUCUUCCGGGAACUUCCUGAACCGCUCUUCACUUACGGAUCCUUCAACGACUUUGUUCAUGCUAUUAAAUGUUGUGACUACAAGCAGCGAUUGAAUUCCAUCAAAGACUUGAUCAAGAAGUUGCCAAAAGCCAACCAGGACACAAUGCAAGUCCUCUUCAAACACCUGCGCAGGCCUUUCAAGCCAGACGAUGCUUCACGUAGGAAAUCACGUCAACACAAUUCAUCUGCUGCAGACACCCAAAACUAUGAAGAAAAAAUGCCUUUUGUAGAGAAUAAAUGUAGUUUUACAUGACGUGAAGCAACCUUACACCAGGUUAUUGUUCUAGCAAGAUGUGGGGUGCUUUGUUUGUUUGGGCACUCCAUUCCAUGGAAGUAGUACACAGCAAACACACUCGUUUGUUACGUGCAAUAAUGGACCAAAACCAAGGCAAAAUUGUAUCUGAAAUGUAGAGGAGAACUGGUGCGGAGUAAGUAUCAGUUGAUAGUAAGUAUGAAAGAAUAAUACGUGUGAAUUGAUGAGGAGAUGAAUAUGUUAAUUCAAGUGUUUUUAUUCCCCAGUAGCAUGAUGGUGGUUCCCAAUGUUCCCAAUGACAUUUUCCCAGCUUGUGCAUUUGCAUUUAUAUGGCCCUGCAUUUGCUGUAAUUUAGUAGCCAUGGUGGUGUUUGUUGAGGACAUUUAUGGUGUGACAUUCAGCGUAUGGAGGAGGGCGUUAUAUCAAGCGGAUGGAUUUGAUGUUAUUUUCUCCCUUCAUGAAUAUGUUAUUGUUUCCUUGCUUCUGUUUAAAAGCAACUCCAGUCGUAUUGCUCUCCUCUUGCCGGGGGUGCCGGCGCUGAUUUGGUGUGUGUGUGUGUGUGUGUGUGUGUGUGUGUGUGUGUGUGUGUGUGUUCUGAGUC